CUCCCGCGCACUGGGCAGCCAGCUACGGUCCAGCCCGAGGUGGAUGCUGAGAGGGGCGGGUGCUGGCGGCCUGGACCCCUGGAGCUCUGAUCAGUACAACCUUGAGGGCUCUGGCCUGUAUCCCAUUACCGUAGUCUCAGUGGUUAAGAGCUCAGGCUCUUGAACCAGACUAGGGUCUGAAUCCUGUCUUAAUAGCCUAUUAGCUGUGUGACCUGAACAAGUUACUUAACCUCUGGAAGGCUCACUUUCCCUCACUGUAAAAUGGGUAUACUAGUACCUAAGGUUAAGUGCAUGAACUGUGAGGCCAGACUGCCUUGUUUAAAUCCCAGCUCUACUAAACUAGCUGUGUGACACUGAACAGGCUACUUCAUAUUUGUAUCCUUCAGCCCCCUCAUCAGUAAAAUGGAAAUGAUCAUCAUCGGCCUCACAGAGUUGUCUGGAGAUUAAAUGAGAGGGAAAGUGCUUAGCACAGUAUUUGACACAUAGCUCUCGGCAGCGUCAAUAAUCAGAAAUUAAUAAUAAUAAUAUUAUCCUGGUCCUCACAUCCCAGGCUUGGGACUGUGAAGGCAGGUGUAAUGGAAAUUCACAAAUUCCCAAGCCUUGGAACCAAGCAGUUGUCCUCGACCUCUCUUGCCUAAGCAGGCAGGGAUAAAUUGGAAAGAGGUGCACAUCCAAAGAAAAUAGGAUGGCCUAGAUGGUCUCUUUUGUUGAAGCAGCAAAGGACUCUCCAGGAAAAAGAUCCCUCUUGUAAUCUGGUCCCCCCCACCCCCUUUCCUCUGGUUUCCCUUGGUUCUGAACCUGUUUCUGACAUUCAUCUAGAUUUAACCUGCUAUGUGCCAGGCCCUGUGAUAGAAGCAGAGGAUUCAGGUUGGAUAAGAUUCUCCCCACCCUCAGGGGGCUCAGUGUAGUAGAGCACUGCUUCUCAAUCUUUAUUUAUUUGGCUGCGCUGGUCUUAGUUGCGGCAUGUGGGCUCUUAGUUGUGGCAUGUGGGAUCUAGUGCAUUGGGAGCACAGAGUCUUACCCACUGGACCACCAGGGAAAUCCCUGCUUCUCAAUCUUGAGUUUGCUUAGGAGCACCUGGAAAGCUUGUCAAAAUACAAAAUCUGAUUCUAUAGGUUUGAGGUAGGAUCUGAGACUCUGCAUUUCUAACAAGCUCCCAGGUGAUGCUGGUGAAGCUGGCUCAUGAACUGCACUUUGAGUAGCAAGAUGUAGAGGAUUUUACAAACUAGUCGAGUAGUGGGUAGCUGCAGGCUGUAGACAAAGUCCAGACUAAUUCGCCUGGCAACUUGAGGUGGUCUCCGCCCACUUGCUCGCUGAGGUUCCCUCCCAGGAAUCCGCCACGUGACGGUCGGACCACCGUCUCUGACUAGAAGAGCCCCGAAAGCGCCAUGGCUCCCCAGAAGCUGCUCUGCCUUCCCUCCCUGCUGCUGCUACUCCUGACGCGGCUGCUGCCCCAGGCAGACACUCGGUCGUUUGUAGUGGAUCGGGAUCAUGACAGAUUCCUCCUGGACGGGGCCCCGUUCCGCUACGUGUCUGGCAGCCUGCACUACUUUCGGGUACCACGGGUGCUUUGGGCAGACCGGCUUUUCAAGAUGCGAAUGAGUGGCCUCAACGCCGUACAGUUUUAUGUGCCCUGGAACUACCACGAGCCAGAGCCUGGGGUCUAUAACUUUAAUGCCAACCGUGACCUCUUUGCAUUUCUGAGAGAGGCAACUUUAGCAAACCUGUUGGUCAUACUGAGACCAGGACCUUACAUCUGUGCAGAGUGGGAGAUGGGGGGUCUCCCAGCCUGGUUGCUUCGAAAACCUAAAAUUCAUCUGAGAACUUCAGAUCCAGACUUCCUUGCCGCAGUGGACUCCUGGCUCAAGGUCUUGCUGCCCAAGAUACAUCCAUGGCUCUACCACAAUGGGGGCAACAUCAUUAGCAUUCAGGUGGAGAAUGAAUACGGUAGCUACGGGGCCUGCGACAUGAGCUACAUGAGACACCUGGCUGGGCUCUUCCGUGCACUGCUUGGAGACAAGAUCUUGCUCUUCACCACAGAUGGCCCUGAAGGCCUCAAAUGUGGCUCCCUCCAGGGACUCUAUACCACUAUAGAUUUUGGCCCAGCUGACAACAUGACCAAAAUCUUUGCCCUGCUUCGGAAGUAUGAACCCCGCGGGCCAUUGGUGAACUCUGAGUACUACACAGGCUGGCUGGAUUACUGGGGCCAGAAUCACUCCACACGCUCCGUACCAGCUGUAACCAAAGGACUAGAGAACAUGCUAAAGUUGGGAGCCAGUGUGAACAUGUACAUGUUCCAUGGAGGUACCAACUUUGGAUACUGGAAUGGUGCUGAUGAGAAGGGACGCUUUCUUCCAAUUACUACCAGCUACGACUACGAUGCACCCAUAUCUGAAGCAGGGGACCCCACACCUAAGCUUUUUGCUAUUCGAAAUGUCAUCAGCAAGUUCCAGGAAGUUCCCUUGGGACCUUUACCUCCCCCCAGCCCCAAGAUGAUGCUUGGACCUUUGAGCCUACACCUGGAUGGGAAUUUGCUGGCUUUCCUAGACUUCCUAUGUCCCCAAGGGCCCAUCCAUUCAAUCCUGCCAAUGACCUUUGAGGCUGUCAACCAGGACCAUGGGUAUAUGUUGUACCGGACCUAUCUGACCCAUACUGUUUCUGAGCCAACACAAUUCUGGGUGCCAAACAAUGGAGUCCAUGACCGUGCCUACGUGAUGGUGGAUGGGGUGUUUCAGGGUGUUUUGGAACGAAACAUGAAACACAACCUAUUUUUGACGGGGAAAAAGGGGGCCAAACUGGAUGUCUUGCUGGAGAACAUGGGGAGGCUCAGUUUUGGGUCUAACAGCAGUGACUUCAAGGGCCUAUUGGAGCCACCAAUUCUGGGGCAAACGGUCCUUACCCAGUGGCUGAUGUUCCCUCUGAAAGUUGAUAAUCUUGUAAAGUGGUGGUUUCCCAACCAGUUGCUGAAAAGCUCACAUCCUCAAACUCCCUCUGGCCCCACCUUCUACUCUACAACCUUCCCAAUUUUAGACUCAGGCGGGGACACAUUUCUCUUUCUACCUGGAUGGACCAAGGGCCAAGUCUGGAUCAAUGGGUUUAACCUGGGCCGCUACUGGACAAAGAGGGGGCCACAACAGACCCUCUAUGUGCCAAGACCCCUGCUGUUUCCUAGGGGAGCCCUCAACAAAAUCACGUUGCUGGAGCUAGAAAAUGUGCCUCUUCAGCCCCAAAUCCAAUUCCUGGAUAGGCCUAUCCUCAGUAGCACUAUGCAUAAGACAUACAUCUAUUCCCUCUCAGCUGAAAGUGCCUCUGAACCAAUGGAGUUAAGUGGGCACUGAAAGAAAGGUAACCCUUGGACCUGGGACAUGGAGUGGGCAGGAUCCCUUGGUACUAGUCAUGGUGACCGUAAGGAAACAAAGGCCACAGGUCUGAAUGUAAGUACAAGUGCAGUUUCCUUGCCAAACUUCAUUGUGAUUAAAAUUCCAGAGACAGUACCAGCUCCACA